AUUAGCUACAAUAUUUUUUGAACUUCCAUUCAUCUUUCAUUAUUAGUCCCACUUAAUGGUCAUUUUAAUCAUUAUAUUUUAUUCUACGCUUUGUUGCUUGUUAGACCGGUACAGGUUCAUGUAAUUAUUUUAUAAACAAUGUUUCUUUCUGAACUGAGUUUCAGUUGUUUUUAUGUUAUUGAAGUUCUGGUUCAGUUGUCAAAAGUUACAGCCGACUCGGACCAUGCGGACAGCGUAUGCGGUGAGAACAUCCGGAUAGACAACUACUGCUAUUUGUACAGCAAGCAUCUGAUGUCCUGGAGCAGCGCCAAGUUCUUCUGUCAAUCAAACGGCAUGGUCCUGGCUCGGACGGAAAAUUUAAGACUUUUGUCUCAGAGAGUGAGGGAAAGAAAUCCCAGAGGAUCUUCCGGUAUCUGGGUUGGAGCCUCAGAUGUGGAUGUUGAGGGCAAAUAUGUCUGGAUAGAUAGCUACACCCCAGUGGCGGCGGAGCUCUGGGCGCCCGGAUUUCCAAACAAGAACAACAGCUACCUGGACUGUGUCCACGUGGACAUAAAUUUCUACAUCCGCAAUGUCAGGUGCACCCGAAAGUUUGAAGUGCUGUGUCAGUACUCCAUUAUCGUCAGGUCAACGUUUGACAAUGACAAAUACCAGUGUCACUGUGCCAGUGGCACCUGCACGAACGAGGGUAAAUGUCAGAACCCGAAUGAUCUGUGUGAGCCAGAGUACUUCGGUCCCUAUUGUCAGUUCAAAAAUGUUGAAGCGACGAUUAAAGGCACAGCAGGGGUUCUCCAGGACAAUGACGACAAAACGUGCUUGACCAGUGUCAAAAGCCCCCUGGAGAUCAAGCUGGACACUCAGCAGCCCUUCUCGUGGCUCCGCGUGGUGAUGAAGGAGAAAGGUCAGCUGAAGAGUUUUGAACUGAGCUACUCGACCUCCAAGAAUCUCCGAGUGGGUUCUGACAAAAGGACAGAGACUUGCCGCGAUCGUACUUACAUUGUCCAGGACGACUACAAGUUAGAUAUCCGCUGCCAGGUAGAUGUGUUUGAGAUAGACAGCCUCUAUCUGACCUGGAGAGGAAACAAGACUAUCUGCUCGGUGUAUAUCUACGGAGGUAGAAAUCUGGCAUUCAAACAAAAGACUUCACAAUCGGGCUCCAACAGUAAUGCCUCAUCGCUGGCUGUGGACGGAAUCAUAGGCGGCAACUCCAACUGCAGUCGUGGGGACCCAGGUUUAAAGAGCCAAACAUGGGAUCUAAUCCUCCCUCAUCCAGUUGUUAUUUUUAAGUUUGUUUUAUACAGGAGGAAAGGUCGAAGUGGGUUCAACUACAUGAACGGGUUCAUCUUGGAGACACUGACCAUUAAUGACGAGGUCGUCUUCACGCACUCGGAAGACAAAAGGGAUCAGGAGCCCAUUGUAACGAUCCCUUCGGAGUCCAGGGAUCCCGUGCAGAAGGUCCGUUUCCGUCUGGACAAAACAACGGCAAACAGUCGAUAUUUAGAAAUAUGUGAACUCUUGGUUUAUGGAGAAUGCAGCUCACCCAACUAUGGUCUGACCUGUUCCGAAGUGUGUCUGCCAUCCUGUGUCAAGCAGGAAUGUCAUUACGAUGGUUAUUGCUAUGUGUGUCCUUUUGGCAAAACGGGCCGCACUUGCCAAGACCAACUAGAGGAGGGAGAGGAUGACGACUCGUCAGACGAAGAAAUGGCGGCUCUGCUAGACACCUACACGAAGUUGAUUAUAGUCAGCGUUUUGGCGGGCCUCGUCUUCGUUCUCCUUACCGCCAUACUGUGUUACGUACGUCAGGGGCGGAUCAAACGGGAACUCAUGCAAGAAGCCUUAAAAAAACAAUCACUUGCGUCACACGGUACCCAAGGAGAGGGGAAGAAAACCACCUCAACAAGAUCACUGAGGAAGCACAAAUCUUCCAAGGCGAGGGACAAGAAGAAGUCGGGCGAGGAACAGCCCCCUUCCCAGACCAUAAGCGGGCCCGCCACCACCGCAAUCCAUUCAAAGCCCUCUCUUAAGACUGACUUUUCCGGAACGUCGGUGGAGCCCACUACUGUGACGUCAUCCGUGACUACUCAACAUUGAAAAUGUAGAUCUCGCGCAUUAUGUAUGCAAAUGUAUUCAUUUUAAUCUCGUGCGGAAUGUCAACUCAAAACCAUUACGCCAUCACGCUGACACUGUCAGCAAACACUCCUUGAUACUAAAAUCUUUCUCCAGGAUAAAGAUUUGUAGAUCUAUGGUGCUGUCGAAACGUUAACCUUUGACUAUGAAGUCAUAGUCCAUUUUCAUAUAUUCCUCCAUGUAGGUUGCCCUCUUAACAGUAAGAUAUAAGAAUUUCUUUUUUAAAAAAGUUUUAGUCGAAUUCAUUCACAUUAUUGGAAGUCAAAUCCUUUAAAAAAAUAUUGUCCGUUUUGUUUUGUUUAGUAUUACCCAACUUCAAUCCCCUUUUUAAAAAAAACUAGUAGCUAACCCUUGUUUUCAUUUAUUUUCUGCUUAAUGCUUGUUUAUAUUUUUUAAGAGAGAUUAAUUCACGUGGUGGCCUACUAGUUUAUUAUUCCAGUAGUUCGUGGAACACCUAAUCAGGUCUCGUGGAACACUAGGGUCCCGCGGAACACAGUUUGGGAAACACUGGCCUCACGUAUUUAUAACACUAGGGAAAAAAUAGCCUCACAAUGAAAUGCGGUAAAUAUCUUUUUUUGAAGUAGGGGCUUACAAUACUGAAAUAAUGUAGAUUUCGAUAAUGGGGUACUAUAAAUAUGAAUUUCAGUGGGCACAAGUUGAUACACAAAAGGAGUUUAUUUACGGAAUUGGAACUCCUCCUUUCAGGCCAGGGUGCCGACAACCUAAUCUGAUAUUACAAAAUUAUUGAUUAUCAUGUAAAUAUUAAUGUUUAGUUGAGAUUAAGGUUCAUUGGUUAAGGUGCUAGGCAGUGAUUAGAGAGUAGUGCCAUUAAAGUCUAUUUUUACUUUUCGAUGUUUCCAAAGAAAUGAAGUCUCUCACAUUUUAGCUGAAGACUCCAGACGCCAGGAGAUGACAGCGAUGUGAUUCGAUUUCGAGACCAGAGAAGGAGAGAAUCCGAAGUGCUAACCGCACGCCCAAUCAAUAAUCAACUUCGUUUUAGUUAAUCUCAUUCUUCUUCUGAAUUCUCAUCAGUUUUCUUAUACAGGCCUGUUUUGUGCUCAGUGGCAUUUUGGGCCUUUUUGUUCUACAUGGCUGUUUUGGGUUCAGUAGCAGUGGCGUAGCUAGGGUAGGGGAAAGGGGGUGGUCCAAAUUUGAAAAUCAAAUCCCCCUGGCCACCACUUGAAGGAGGGCUUCAAAAUGAGUGCCCCCAAAAUUUGUUUUUACAUUAAAUAUUACGCCAUUAUCUCUUGUCAUGAUGUCGAAUGUCGAAAUGCAGGGGCGCCUAAGAGGUCAAGCCUACCGCGGGCACCUAGACCCUUGUUACUCUUCAAUGUGUUAAACAUAGAUAGCUUAUUCUUUUCUAAAUACUCUUUGGUGUUUGGUUUGAUGCGUUUGGUGCAAACUUUCAAAUGUAUACGUUAAAGCGUUAGACAGAAAUUCUCUGAAUAAUGUAUUAUAGAUGUUAUCGAUAAUUUGGUAUAUAUAAAAUAU